ACAUGUGGAUGAAGAAAACUUGGGAUAUUAGAAAGAAGUGGGCACAUGUAUACAUGAAGUGGUCGUUCACAACGGGAAUGCGAAGCACCCAACUUAGUGAGAGCCUAAAUGCAAAGAUAAAGAAAUUUGUGAAGUUUGAUCAUGACAUUGUUCAAUUUUUUACACAUUUUGAUAGACUUGUUAUGGAGAAGCGGGAUAACGAAAUUGAUUCUAUAUUUGAUUCUAGGGAAAAGCUACCAAAACAAAAGUUGAAAAAAUCCCCCAUGUUAAUUCAAGUUGCACAAUUUUAUACUCCUCCUCUAUUUGACUUGUUCCACGAUGAGGUUGACUUGUCCCUUUCUUGUAAAGUGAAACAACACCAUGAGUUUGAAGGAGAAUUCAAGUGUGUGAUCGGCUUGCAUGGAAAAAAGUCUUUGGAGAGCCAGUGUGGGGGAAAUAUUGAGUUUCUUGUGUCAGGUAGUGUUAAAUUGGAUGAGUUUGGGGAUAAUAUUUGUCGAGAGGUUCAUUGUACUUGUCGAAAAUUUGAGAACUUUGGAAUUCUUUGUGGUCAUGAAAUUAAAGGUCUUGAUAGAAUGAGUGUUAUGGAAAUUCCUGAAAGUUAUAUAUUACGUCGAUGGAGAUUAGACGCAAAAGCUUGUGCAUCUAAGGAUAGCAAAGUUAGCGUGGAGGAGGAUGAUCCUAAAUUGGCAAAAGCAGCGCGUUAUAGGAAUCUUUGUCCCAAAAUGGUAAAAUUGUGUGCUCGAUCGUGUGAAUUGAAAGCUGCUUAUGAGUUCGUAGCCAUCGGAGUGGAGGACAUGUGUGCCAAAGUGGAUAAAAUGUUGCUUGAGGUGGGAGACUCUAUUGAUGAGGGAAUUGACCAGUUAGAGGUGAAUGAUCCUAGGUUUCGAGGAGUCAAUGGUUUGAAGAAGAAAGCCGGAGUUAACAAACGGAAGGGUAAGCGUUUGAAACCUUGGUAUGAGAAGAAUGGAAAGAGGAAAAAACUUACUGUCACACCUACCAGUCUUUAUCAGGAUGUUCCAAUGCCCUAUAUGCCCGAAAUGAUCAAUUGCGAAUCUAAUUUGUCUUCCCAAACAUCAUUCCAUCCACAAACUUUUGAGGUGACGGGAGAUGAGACAUUCUUGCAAGAUGAUGAAUUUUUUGAGUUGAUUAGUGCUCCACAACAAUCCCGACAAAACUAGAAUGUGAAUGAAGAGGGAGAUGCAUUCGAGUUGGUUUUUGAAGAGGGAACAUGCCGUCUUUGUUGAAAAAUAUUCGACUGAAAAGUGACGAAACAUGUAUUUUUGACUAUCAAUUUGUUGGUGGUGAAAAAUGGUGUAUUUGGACAUUUUAUCCAUUUGUUGGUGGUGAAAAAUGGUGUAUUUUGACAUUUUAUCAAUUUGUUGGUGGUGAAACAUGAUGUAUUUUGACA